AUGUCCACCACCAUCACUGCCGAUUUACCGUCUGCAGCUCCGGAAACUACUGCCAUCGAGGUCGUUGAGAAGCCUGUUCGAAAAUUUCCACCUCCGUGUUGGACCCAAGAGGAGACUUUGGCGUUGAUUGACGCCUACAAUGAGAGGUGGUAUGCCUUUCACCGGGGAUGCCUUUUGACGGCGGACUGGGAUGCUGCGGCUGUAGUCGUUACCAGCCGUUGCCCAGAUGCUUCUUCGGCUACAUCUGCUCAGUGCCGACAUAAGAUGGAGAAGCUACGUCAGUGCUAUCGUGCCAAGAAGCAGCUGUUGUUAACUUACCAUGUCGGCCGUUUUUUCUCAUCUUGGUUUUUCUUUGAGAACAUGAAUGCUAUGGAGAAUGGAACCACUGUUUCUGCUACUGGAUCAAAUCAGGAGUCCAAAAAUCUCGAUGUUUCUGGUAAUGAAUCUGGGCUGAAAACAUUUAUUGAUCAGAAUAUAGUGAAAUUGAAGCUUAGUUCUAAAAGAGGGUCAAAACUUCCAAAUGGUAUAAGUCCUAAUUUCGGUUUAGGCCAUGGGUUUAGAGCUAAUUAA